CUCAACUGUUUAUAUAUAUAUAUAUGUAUUUAUUAUUUUUCUCUGAUCAGCUUUCAUAAAUUAUUCUCACCACCCCAACUCCCAAGCCCAACUUUCUCUUCCUUCAAGUACAUAUCAUCACAUCACCUCUCUUUGUCUUUCAUUUCAAGUUGAAACUCAUGACAGCAAUGAAGCAAAGCUCUCAGAACUCCAGUACUCAUCUUCUUCUCUUUCUCUUCAUGCUUCUCUUGAUUUCUUAUUCCUCAAAAUUAUCUGCAGCCACUUUCUUGGUAACCAAACAUGAUGGAAUACAAGAGGAACAAACACUCAAAGAAAUGACUAUUACUACUACUAGUACUGAGGGUACAUUUGAAGAGUUGGAAAGGAGUGAAUCAGUUGAUGAGUUGAUGGGAUUGGAGGACUGUGGAAAGGAAGGUGAUGAUGAUGAUGAUGAAGAAUGUUUAAAGGGAAGGAUUAUUGCUGAGGCUCACUUGGACUACAUCUACACCCAACAUCAAAAGCCUUGAAAUAUUUAUAUAUAUAUAUAUAUUUAUAUGAUUAUUACCUUUUUCUUUAUAAGUAUUUAUUAAUUAGUUAGCUAGCCAUGUUAUCAGGUAUAAUUACUUCCCACCUUUUCCUUUAUUCCCUUAACUAGCUUUGAAAAAAGUGUAUUCUAUAAUUAAUAUUUAGGAGUGUUAUUAAUAACUUAAUUAGGUUUAUUUAAGGUUGUGUACUAAAUUUGUAACUUUGGUUUAGGCAUGAUGUUAUAUAUUGUGCUAUAAACGAAGUGUAAACUUUAUAUAUAUAUAUAUAUAAUUAAUGUUAAAAAAAUAUGUUAUAUAAUGAA